AUGGCGCGCGCGCGCUCGACCUUCUCUCUGCGCGCCAAGAGCGGGCGACCGUCGAGCGCGAACGCGUUGCGUUCGAGGAAAGUCACCGCUAGGCCUCGACCGAAGAUUGUUCAGCACCAGGAGAUCGCGUUCCUGGACGACGUCGGCGCCGAAGCGGACGACGCAGACAUCCCACUGGCGUCCCCGAGCGAACGGUGCGAGGCGAAGUCCUUGCCGGCGCUCAUCGUGUACGACCUCGACGACACCGUGUGGUUCCCAGAACUGUACAUGCUCAGGGGAGGAGCGCCGUUUAAGAAGCUCACAAAGGCACACUGCGAGGACGGCUCGGGCGACGUCAUCGGUACGUACGCCUCGGCGAGAGGAAGCAUGGCGAUGACGCUGACGCACAAAAAGUUUAUCGAGCGCGGAUGUCGCAUCGCAAUCGCGUCUCGAACCCACAGAGGCAAAUGGGCGCGCGAUUUGAUGGAUAAAUUCGAGAUCAACGGCGCCCCAAUGAGCAGGUGCUGCGUCUUUGUCGAAAUAGCGAGCGGCACCAAGGCGAAUCACUUCAAGCGCAUUCGCGAGCUCUCGGGCGUUCGUUUCGAGGACAUGCUGUUUUUCGACAACGAACGUAAUAACUGCGUUGACGUCGCCGCUCUCGGAGUGAAGUCAGUGCACUGUCCGAGCGGGAUGACGGCUGACGCCUGGCGACUCGGUCUUCAGUUGUUCGUCCCGAGCGACUGUCUCGACGUCCCGCCUUCCAAAGGGCUGUCGCUCGAGUGA